AACUCUCUCUUUCUCCCUCCCGUCUGUGACAAAACGAGUUGUCAAUUCUAUUCCCUCUCUCUCUCUCUCUCUCAACAACUAUACAUUUUAUGCUUUUACCCGAUUUUCUCGCUCUACCCGACUCCUCUGCUUCCGAUGCCUUUCUCUCUCCGUUCUUUACUGUGACUCUCUGUUCCUGUCCUUCCUAUUUUCAUUCAUCCCUUCUAUCUAUAUCUAUAUUUGUCAGCUCGAUUUGGGUUUGCUGAUAUUGGAAGGACAGUCAAAGGGUCGCCGGAAAUGUUCCCGAAGGUGAUACUGGUUCAUCGCCCGAAUCAUAUUUCCGUUUCCAGGGAUUGUUGAGAUAUCGCCGCUGCUUUCUCCGCCGCUGCAAACUACCACCAGUUCUCCGGCGUCUUUUAUUGAGUACUGUUCGUUUUUCUUUUGGAGUUGAUGAUGUUAGCGCCGGAUGAAGUACCCCCUGCGGAGAAGGACGGUGCUGAUGAGGAGGUGGAGAGUGGGAUGUUUCCGGCAGUCAGCACCAAUCCGGCCACCUUCUGUACUACGCCCUGUUCUGUUAUUGUUAUUCCCCGGAGCAAAUCUCAGGCAGCGACCCGCAGAGUCACGCCGACGUGUUCCAUCAACGUUCCCGCCGUCGGCGCUUCCUCCGUAGUGGAAAAGCAACUCCCGAACGGGGAUCUGUAUUUGGGGGACUUCUCCGGCAACGCCCCUCACGGAUCCGGGAAGUAUCUCUGGGCCGAUGGCUGUAUGUACGAAGGGGAGUGGAAGCGAGGGAAGGCCUCCGGGAAGGGAAAGUUUUCCUGGCCGUCCGGAGCCACCUUCCAAGGAGAAUUCAAGUCUGGCCGGAUGGAAGGCCGGGGCACGUUCAUAGGCUCGGAUGGGGAUACAUACAGAGGCUCCUGGUCCGCGGAUCGGAAACACGGGUUCGGGCAGAAACACUACAGCAAUGGUGAUUACUAUGAAGGACACUGGAAGAGAAAUUUGCAGGACGGGCAAGGGAGGUAUGCUUGGAAGAACGGGAACGAGUAUGUUGGCGAAUGGAAGAGUGGGAUGAUUCACGGGAGGGGCGUUUUGAUUUGGGCAAACGGGAACCGAUAUGAUGGGAAUUGGGAGAAUGGGGUGCCUAAAGGCCACGGCGUUUUCACUUGGCCAGACGGCAGCUGUUACAUUGGCUGCUGGAGCAGCAGCAAAGACAGGAGUCAGCUUCCUGUCAGGCAAGUCUUGAAUGGCACUUACUACCAGGCUCACAAUACAGGUGCUGCUUCCAGAGAAAUUAAGGAUCAUAUGGGGUUUACUUUCAAGGGAGAUGGGUCAUUUGGACCCAAGCUGGCUGUGUCUUCAUUAAUGUCGGAUGAGAAGUGUGGAGCCAUUGUUGUGGGAAUGACAAAAAAGAGGAGUUCACUGGAUGCAGCAGACCAAGCUGCCCAGAAGAAUUUUUCCAGGAUUUGCAUCUGGGAGUCGGACGGUGAGGCUGGGGAUAUAACCUGUGACAUAGUUGAUACAGCUGAGAAUUCCUUGAUUGAAUCACCGAAUGCUACCCAGCCUUUAAGAACCACCCCUUGUUGCUUCAAUGGAGAUGUGAAGAAGCCGGGGCAGACCAUUUCGAAAGGGCACAAGAAUUAUGGGUUGAUGCUCAAUCUCCAGGUGGGGAUAAGGUAUUCUGCCGGAAAGCGAGUUUCUGCAUUGGCUGGAGAUCUUAAGCCCAGUGAUUUUGAUCCCAAGGAGAAGUUCUGGACGAGGUUUCCUCCUCAGGGGUCCAAACUCACCCCUCCUCAUCAAUCUGGAGAGUUCUGGUGGAAAGAUUAUUGCCCAAUGGUGUUUAGGCAUCUGAGGGGGAAGUUUCGGGUGGACACUGCUGAUUAUUUGAUGGCCAUAUGUGGAAAUGAUGCUCUGCGAGAGCUUUCAUCUCCGGGGAAGAGUGGAAGUUUCUUUUAUUUGACACAAGAUGACCGAUUUAUGAUCAAAACUGUGAAAAAAUCGGAAGUCAAGGUGCUUCUUAGGAUGCUACAAAGCUACUAUCGUCACGUCUGUCUAUAUGAAAAUUCCCUUGUAACAAAAUUCUUUGGUGUUCAUUGUGUCAAACCCGUUGGGGGUGUGAAGACGCGGUUUAUUGUGAUGGGUAAUUUAUUCUGCUCGGAAUACCGAAUUCACAGGAGGUUUGACCUUAAAGGGUCUUCUCAUGGUCGCUCGACAUGUAAAGCCGAGGCAGAUAUUGACGAAACCACCACUCUUAAAGAUCUUGACCUCAACUAUGUCUUUCGCCUCCAACAAAACUGGUAUCAAGAACUAAUCAAACAAAUUGACCGGGAUUGCGAAUUUUUGGUAUCGGAGAGAAUAAUGGAUUAUAGUCUUCUUGUUGGCAUUCAUUUCCGACAAGACCAUAAUACCAUGGACAAAAUGGGCUUGUCUCCCUUCCUCUUGCGAACGGGGAAGAGCGAUUCAUACCAAAACGAAAAGUAUAUGCGGGGGUGUAGACUCUUAGAAGCAGAGCUUCAGACCAUGGAUAAGAUUGUUGCUGGCCGUAAAACCUCGAUCCGCUUAGGGGCAAACAUGCCUGCUAGGGUGGAGCGACUAGCUCGAAGAAGUGAUUUCGACCAGUACUCCCCAGGUGGUGGGUUCUAUAGCUUGCCACCUUCGCACCGCGGCGAAACCAGUGAUGCCAUCCUUUACUUUGGAAUCAUUGACAUUCUUCAAGACUACGACAUCACCAAGAAAUUGGAGCACGCAUACAAAUCGUUGCAAGCGGACCCCGCCUCGAUCUCGGCUGUUGAACCAAAGUUGUAUUCGCGAAGGUUUCGGGAUUUUAUUGGGAGAAUCUUUGUCGAAGAUAGGUAGGAGACUACGAACAAUGGCCGAUUGAUGCAAGUUACUUGUACAUGUAAAAUUCUAGGCACAAGGGGCUUAUGGAAAGAUUUGGUCAUGAGUUCUUCAUUUUUAGCAAUUUUUUUAGUGAUUGAAGAGGUUUGAAAAAAAAAAUGUAUAGGGAUGGAUGGAUGGAUCAUGAUUCAUGAGUGAUUAGAUUAAUUCCCAGAAUGAUUCGAGUAAUGAAUAAUGAAUUUUUGUACAGUUCAUACGGAAAAGGUGAACAAUUGUUUUUUUACAUUUUAGUAUAUAAUUAAAGCAUGUAAAAUUUU